GAUUGGCUGGGGCCCAUGACUUCACGGCCCGGGGCGGCCCCGCGCUGGCCAGGGCCCCGGGAUGCUCUGGGUUCGUUUAAAAAUAAAGGGGGGCGGGAGCGCCCAGGAAAAUCCGGGCGCCCGCGGGGGUGCCGGCCGUCCCUCCCGCCGCCCCGCGUCCCGGCCCGGCCGCGCCAGCCCCCAGCGGCCCGCAAGGGGGCGGGGGGAGGCGGGGCGGAGGAGGAGCCGCGGGCGCGGCGCCGCGCUGUCCCCGGCCGCCGCCCGCCCCGCUCCGCACCGCAUGUAAACAGUCCCCGCCGGCCCAGCCCGGCCCCGGAGGAGCCCGCUCAGGCUGCGCCGAGCGCCGCGCUGCCCGCCCGGGAGGAGGGCGCCGAGGAGCGGGAGGGCGGGCGGCGGCGGGAGGCGGCGGCGGGCGCCCGGCCGCGAUGGAUUUCCAGCAGCUGGCCGACGUUGCGGAGAAAUGGUGCUCCAACACGCCCUUCGAGCUCAUCGCCACCGAGGAGACAGAGCGCAGGAUGGAUUUCUACGCCGACCCCGGCGUCUCCUUCUACGUGCUGUGUCCGGACAACGGCUGCGGCGACAAUUUUGCGCUGUUUCGGGAACGUCACCUCGCGGCCCUUGCGCGUGCCUGGCGUGGAGCAUCCCUGGGGACACGUGUGGAGUGAGAGCGAGGACUGCCUGCCUUUCUUGCAGCUAGCACAGGAUUACAUCUCCUCCUGCGGCAAGAAGACGCUCCACGAAGUCCUGGAAAAAGUCUUCAAGUCUUUCAGACCUUUACUGGGGCUUCCAGAUGCGGAUGAUGAUGCGUUUGAAGAGUACAGUGCUGAUGUGGAAGAGGAGGAGCCAGAGGCGGAUCACCCCCAGAUGGGGGUCAGCCAGCAGUAAAUCUGGGGGCUCCCACAAGAAGGAGAGUGAGCCCUGCGGUAACCUAGGUGGGGUCACUGCCCCUCUUGGGUUAGCAUUUUGCAUUAGCACUUCAAAAUAGGACGUCUGGCUCCCAGCAUCCAAAUUAAAAUGAAAUACCUUUUUAACGACCACAAAAUAUCUGUGAUGAGCUUUGCUCAGAAGUGACCUGAAUUUCACUCCCGCUUCAGUGGGGUUUCUAUGGAGUUGUCUUGGUAGCCUUUGCCAUUUUGAAUUUAGAGUCCAUUUUGUGGCUGACUAUUCUCUUGAGUUUAUGUUGGAGAAUUAACAUUCGCUGACUCGAAUGUAGAGAACUCUGAAUGUAUUAAGGAUAUGUUUUGAGUCCUCACAGGUGACCUUACUGAGGGAAAGCAUGGCAGAGAAGAAAUGCGUUCUGCACUUUUUAUGUACUUUUUAAGUGUCCGUAAGUGAAAGGUUUUGCUUAUAAAGCAUGAAUUUUAAUAUCUAAUCAUUAAACUGCACAAGUGCAAAUACAAGGGCAGGAAAGGAUAAUCACUUAGCUUUGGACUAAGAGGGUAAGAGAGGCCCAGAAGCCUUGAAGUGUUUUGCCAUUACUAAGUUACCUGGGUAUGUAGCGACUGGUUCGUGGUUAGUGUAAAUGUUACUUGCUUGUUCGAUUGUUUCAAAACAUGCUAAUUCCAAAGCCACUUUAAAAGUCUAUAGUGGAAAAUAUAGAUGGGGUAAAAGAUAUAAUAUAAAUUAUUGAUUUUUAAAGAUGUUUAUAAGCCGUCCCACGUAUCAAAUGAAACAUUUUACCUUCUCUCUUUCUAAUGAGAUGGCCACUUGUUAAAUCAUGAAAACAUCCAGAAUCCAAGUGCCACUUAAACUUAGAAGCCAUAGAUAAAUUUGAUAGAAAAGUAAACCAAGAUUAAAAGUUUUUAAAAAUAUAAUAGAAUCCUUCUUUACUUUUUAAAUCUUUUAUUUAAAAAAAAAGUCAAGAAAAGGAUCCCAUUGUGUAAUUUAUUUAAAAAUCGUAAUCACUUAUUUCGAGGGACUUAAUUGUGGUGAAUUUGUAAAGGAACAUGAAGUUAGGAAUCUUUUCAUAGUGGGUUAGCUUGGUUAAAACGGGAUGUUUUAAUAAGAUACUCAGACAACUCACAGAAACAACUUCUGUAAUAACUGGAAAUACUGCUGUUAUCAUUUAGCCAACAAUUAUGAACUGGGGAAAUCCUUUGUAAUGCUAAUAUGGAAUUAUUCUUGGACCCUUCCACAUCCCAGGUUCUAGUAACUUAGGAAGCGGAAUGCCUCCUUUACAACACUAGAUUAACCUAGCAUCUGGGGUGGGUAUGUUUAAACAGUCACACAUGUGCCUGUUAGGUUGUCAAAGUUUUGAAUGAAAAACAAGCAGUAGCAGCAGCAGAGGCCACAGAACUUAUGGGAGUCUUGUAUAUCUUCCAGGCAUGUCGGUGUAAACCUGAUGUCUCGACAUUUUCUGUUUAAUUGCUUGGUGCUGUGAGGAGCUCGGCUGCUUGUGGUAAAACAGCGUACUCCAGUUUUAAGUCAUUGGGUAAAAUGAUACUAAAGUGGUUUCCAUCUUUGCUUCAGUACCCACUUUCUGUUCUUUUCUUGGAAAAUCAUACUCAAGGUUAAUUUCAAGUAAAAUGAAUUUCCUUCUGACUAGCCCAUUAAUAAAACACAACUUAGUGUUUCACGCAUUGGGGUGAGCAUAUUCUGCCCUUUGCAGCCCUGCCUGUGUUCUGAGCUCCGUUCAUGAGCAAAGGUGAUGGUGAGCUGUACGUUACUAGCUGUCGCCCAGGUUUUGUGACCUUCAUUUUAAUAUAGUAAGCCACAGGAGUGACUUCUGCCGCGGAAAUGAAGAAGCUUCACUAACUUGCUCCACUGGAAGGUAAACUGAGGAUACAUUGAAGCAUAAAAUCUGCAUUUACAUAUGUUUGGAAAUGGAAUGGACAUUAACAUAAAAUGUAUUUUAUCAAAAAAGUGUUUAGACCGAAUACAUGUUGGUAUUAUCAUGUUAAUGUUCUCCGUUCAUAAAAAUUCAGUGGAGAUAGACACAGCCACUCUGUGGGCUGAUGAGAAUUGUGGGCUUUGUUUUGCACCAGGGGUAGGCGACAGAGAACAUGGCUGUAUGUUACUUAAUUUCCAUAGCAAAAUUCCAAACAGCAUUAGCAGAUGGAAUUGUUUCCUCUAAAACUUCCUUUUUCUGAAUGUGUACAUACCCCUUCUAGCACUCACACACUUGCCCACACACUCACCCCGUCCUGCACGGUGGCUGCUCUCGGCAGGGCUGUGCAGGGUGCAGAGCUGCACUCAGUGAGCCGUGCAGCCCGUGGCUUCUGUUAUGGAAAUGGCUCCGUGGUGAAACACGUCCCUGACCCUUCACAGACUUACAGAUAGACUCACUAGGAGGCAGCAGUGGUGUGGGGAGAGGAGUGUCGACCUUAGAUGCAGGAGAGACAACUGGGUUCUAGUCCCAAUUCCCCAAGUCAGCCGAGGACUGUGUGACCUUGACAAGUCACUUAACUGGUCUGUGAACAAGAGGCGUUUGCCCUUCCAGCUGUAAACACUGCCUUUCAGUGCCUGCCUCGUGUGUGUGUACAAAUAAGGAGCAACAGUCAAGGAAACUUCUAGGGAUUCCAGAAGAAAAUACAUCUGGAAUCUUGCCACAGUGCUGUCUUUAGGAUGCUGGCCCCCGCACCACCUUAGAACAUGUUGGUCUGUGAGUGUCCUAACCCCUGAGGGCCCAAUCCCGUGGGGCUGAUAAAAUUCUCUUCCUUAGAGGACAGGGAAAGGUGAGGCCCCGGAGGACUUGUCUCAGCUGUACAUGCCCUGCCUGUGGAGACAUGGCUUUUCUUUGUGCUGUGGCAGACUGGGGCUUCGGAAGUGGUGUAUGUUUAACCUACCCAACAGCGGGAGAUGUGUAGGAAGAACAGCUGGAAGAAAGUGAAAGAUGAGUGCUAGUCCUUUUUGCCAUGUUAUCCAGUGGAGAGAAAGUGACCGUGAAAGUGAAGUGAGAGAGAGAAUGAGGAAUGCUUGAUUUCUCGCUGAUCACUGGACCAGCUCUGAAAUCUGAAAUCAUGCCUUGCUAACAUUACAAAACCGUGAUCCUGGGUUUGAGUGAAUCCUGGAGACAUUGUUCUUAUGGCUGCUUGGUUUCCUUAGCCUGAUCACCAUAUCAAACAGGCUUCCAGGAAUCAGUGAAGUACGGAGCCAGGGAGGGAGGUAAGACCCUGCACAGUGCCUGUCACCACUGUGGAUUCACUUGCACUUAGGUGUCCACUCCUGUCUCCCAGGCCCAAAGCAGCACAUGGUGCAAUUUGUCUUUCCAUAAGUAGAGCAUGAAAAGUCUCUUAUGUAGGGAUCCUCCUUGUGUCCUGGUGCCAGAAUUAGGUUUCCAGUGUACUUCAACGAAAACUUUUCUGAUAGUUGUGGUCAUUUUUCAUGUAUAAACAGAAACUGUUCUCUGGCACAAUGUAUUUCUGAAUAUUGUUUCUGUUUCCUAAGAGCACAAUGUAUAGGGACAUAGGGGAGCUGUGGUUCCAAGUGUCACUGGAAUUUAUAUUUUAGGAAUAGGCUUUGCAUGUUAAAAUUCACAAGUUGGGAAACUGGUAUGAAGAGAUCCGAUUUCCCACAAAGAGGCAAGAAGGAAUAGGUGGGACUUAGCUUGGGGCGGCAGGAGAUGAAAGAGGGAGAACGGGAGAGUUGGGGUCUGACAGUUACCACCUGAGCCCCAGGAAAACUCUUUUCACAGCUGUCUCACUGGGGGCCUGCUUUCCUCAAAGGAAAUGACUGUAUGUUCAGAGGCGAGGCCUUAUGUUGGCAUGGGUUUUUCACUUUAACAGUGCCCCCCAGCCAAGGAGACAGCAGGGGCACUGCUCUUUUGUGGGCUGUUUCCCUCAGUAAAACCAGCUGCCAGCCUGAGAAGCCUGUCUUUCCAAAGUGCAGGCAGAUCUGAGGGGCUCCAGGCACCUGGGAGGUAAGUCACAAAGCAAACUUGGGUCUCCUUGGCAGCAGGGAGGAGGCAGGAGUGCCCCUCAGGCCACAGAGGGCAGGGCCCACCUCCUCACCAUGCUUCAAGUUUGUAGAAAGAGCACAAUUAAUACUCAAGUGAGCACAGAUCCCUCUCCCCUGCAGUGGGUGUUAGCUCCAAAGAGAUGCCAUUGCCGGUCACCCAGUCUUCAGAGAAGCCUAACAUUUCUUUGAGUUAAAACCUGUCCUCUUUCAUAAAGACCCAGUCACUUCUCCCAGUUUAGUGAUAACAGGUAUGACACAAGAAGCUGAAGUCUUUUAGAGUCUAUAGAGAGUAAUUCUAAAACCUGCCAGAAAGCUGGUAGCUUGUGGUAUCCAUGGUAAGAUAUCUAUAGCUCCUGCUCGCCGGGCAAAUUGUUAAAUAAUAUGUCAUCUUUUAUAAUUUUAUUUAAAUUGGGAUUACAAAAAUAAAGUACCCAUGAGCAUUUCAUGUUAGAAACCCCAUUUAGAGCACCCUAAGGCUGAAUAGGCACAAGCGAUUAAAAGUAUAUGCCAGGCCACACAGAAAUAAAUGUCUGAUUUGCUUAGAACUGUAUUCAAGUUGUUUGGUACCAGAGAGAAAGCUGGCAGUCUGUUCUCUGUAAACUCCCUUUUCCCGUUUUUCUGUUUUGUUUCUCGAGUUUCAUUUUUUACCAAGCCCCUUCUGAUACCUAGGCAGAUACAGAUAAGAGCAGUGUGUGCUACAAGUGUCAGCUCUGAAGAGGAGGAACUGAGUCUUCAAUGCUAGGGCAGACCUUCACUCUCCAUGAUCCAGUCUUAAUUUGAACGUGAGAGCAAAAUUUAGUCAUCUACACAAGAAGCAAAAGCAAAGAAAAGCUGUUGGGUUUUUGUUUUUGUUUUUUUAGGCAAGAAAUGUUUCCUGUGGGUGUGUGUGCUUUCUUCGCCUUCGUAUUUCCUUUCAAAGAAAUCUCUUGUAAAUUACAAAACUGUGAAAUGGGUUGCCAAAAACUGUUGCCCUUCGUUAGAUGCUUCAAACAGUGUAAAUCCUGUACUGCACCCUGUCCACCUCUGCUCCCUCCUCCCUCCCCUGAGAGUGAGGACCUCAUCCAACCAUGUAAUUACCAUUCGCUUGCUAUUAAAGAGCCUUUCAAACUCUGGU